CAGGUGCGAAAACAACACCACUCCUGCUGCCAGAUGGUUCUUGUUUCUUGGGCGCGUAAAGUCCAGUCAGAAGAACAGCAAAACACCGAGUCUGGCAUGUCGACGUCCCAAAGAGCACAUGUCCUUGGACUGAUGCUGGUGCAGUCGUAAAGGGGAUUUUGCGCCCACUGAUGCCUUCUGCAGUAUAAAUUUUUGUUUUUAAGACAAAAAAGGAAAACUUCUUUGUUCUUCUUCACAGUUUGCAGUCAGCUGGUGUGCAGGAUGGAGUUCGCAGUCAGUCGAGCUCUUUUCUUUGCUCAGCUGACUUUGUUAGCGCUUUGCUCGUCACUGCAAACGGAGGCCGACGCGCAGCUUCAGGACAACGAUGAGAAUGUUAUUGAUCUCCUAGAAGCUUUGAAUAUCAGUCACUUUGUUCGAGGAAUCACAAAGACCAAAGGUCGUGACCCCGAGGCAUGGGCGUGGCGUUUUCGCUCCCGUACGCCUCACCUGACUCUGCCGCAGGACUUCUCUCAUUACCUGCUGAGCUCCUCACAGGGUUCUCUGGGCUUGCAUCUGGUCGGGCAGCAAGCCAGAGACUCUAAGGCCACUCUCAUCUCCCUGAGCUCUGAGGCUGCCUUGGAGCUGGACAGCCAACCGCUGCUGCGCCUCAACUCCAGCACUCGAGACAACCAGCUGCGGCUGGAGUUCCGAUUUCACGGGGGUUUGAAGCCUGAGGUGCUGACACUGCCGGGUGGAAACCCUUUCUCUGGUGGUGGCUGGGUGAGAAUGGGGCUGAGCCUGGAGCCCAGGAGGCUGCUGCUGUUUGUGGAGUGCAAGGAGGCCACAGUACUGGAUCUGGAUCAAACAAUCAACCUGGACCUUCCUUUUGACCUGCAGGUCACCUUCUCCAGCACCCCAGGAGACAAGGCCAGCAAAUUCACUGGCUACUGGCAGACUGCAGAACUCUCCACCAGGGCUUAUGAGAAGCGUCCAUGGGUCUGCGACAGUGAAACAGAUCUCCUGCCUCUCCCCUCUUUUAGACAGGGAGCAGUAGCGCCCCCUGUUCCUCAUAAACCUUCAGACUCUGAGCCGGGUUUGCUGCAUGACCAGCCAGAGCGUGUAGCUGGGACAGGGCUGGGGCCUCCAGGGGCCCCAUGGGGGAGAGUGGCCCCCAGUGAUAUGGCCCAGCAUUAUACCAGCCUAGAGGAGGCACUGCACAGUGUCAACACCAUGCUGACCAUGCUCAAAGCCCAGAAUGAGGACCUGCGGGCUCGAGUGCAGUAUCUGGAGUCAUGUGAGUGUGUUAGGCGAACCUGCACGUGGGAGGGUCGUGAGAAGGAGGAAGGGUCCCGCUGGUUGAUCAAUGGCCACACCGUGUGUUCAUGCACCUCAGGGAAAGUCCACUGUGCCGACUCAAAUGAGUGCAGUUAUGAGGGCAGGAUCUACAGAAGUCAUGAUGUCUUCAGCCCACACCCCUGCUCAAAGUGUGUGUGUGAGAAUGGUAAGGUGGGGUGCACGGAGGUUCGCUGUGCUGCUCUAUCCUGCAAAACGUAUAUUCCUGAAGGUGCAUGCUGCCCUGUCUGUCAGCCAGGCUGUGAGUAUGAAGGUGAGCCCUAUGCUGAUGGAGAAGUGUUUGCGUCCAGAACAAACCCCUGCCUCAACUGCUCAUGCUCCAAUGGUUUGGUGAGAUGUAACCCUACCCGCUGCCCCCCCACUCUGUGUGCCAAUUCUUACAAAAAGGCCGGGGAGUGCUGCCCAACUUGCUCAGCAUGUGAACUGGAUGGCCAACCCCACAGUGACUCCUUCAGUACCACUGAUGGAUGCCAGACGUGCACUUGCCGGAAUGGCGAUGUAUCGUGCGUUGACAAACAGCAGUGUCCUGUGUCAUGUCAUGAUGGAGUGAGGCCUCCGUUUGGCUCUUGUUGCAAGGACUGCUCUCGGUGUGAAUAUCAAGGGGAGAUCAUUAUGGAAGGAGUCUCCUUCACUGACAGACACGACCCUUGCAAACACUGCGUCUGCAGUGAGGGGAAUGUGGCGUGCAGCACAGCGGCUUGCACUGCGCUUGACUGCACUUUACUUGAAACUGUUGGGGGAGAAUGUUGUCCCAGGUGUCGAAGUUGCAUCCAUCAGGGUAAUCGCCACCAGCACAACUCUCGCUGGCACCACCCAGAUGACUCCUGUAGUGUCUGUACAUGCUUAGAGGGGCAUGUUCAGUGUGACAGAGAGGAGUGUAACCCUCCAUGUAGGAACCCUCCCUCUCCUCUCCCAGGAGCCUGCUGUCCUGUCUGUGACGGUUGUGGUGUUAAUGGAGUAAAUUUUGUAAAUGGGGAGAGAGUUCCCAGUAGAGAUGGAUGUGAGCAGUGUGUGUGUGUGAAUGGAAACGUUCAGUGUGAGCCCCACCGUUGCCCUGCCACGACUUGUUCUCAUCCUGUCAGAAGAGCAGGAGACUGUUGCCCACGGUGUGAACAGUGUAAUUACGAGUCUGAACAAUAUUUUCAUGGACAAAGCUUCACCCCUGAACGGAACCCCUGCUUGAACUGCCAAUGUUUAGCUGGUGAGGUGGUGUGUGAAAACGCAGUCUCAUCAUGCCCCCCUCUGCACUGCACACACCCAGCAAGACAACAUGGCAAGUGCUGCCCCACAUGUGACUUGUGUGAAUAUGAGAGAAGAGUGUAUGCUGAUGGGGAGGAGUUCAGCCCACUAGGAGACAGACCCUGUCUAAAGUGUACCUGUGAACAAGGUAGUGUAAGAUGUCAUCAGGAGAGAUGCCCCUCUGUGCAAUGCGCAAACCCCAUUAGGGACCCUCAUGCCUGCUGCCCUUCCUGCAAAGCAUGUGUGUUGAAUGAUGUAGAGUAUGAGGAGGGCUCUGUCUGGGACGCUGACGGUUCUCCCUGCAGCACCUGCUCUUGUGUGCGUGGGGCAGUGAUGUGUCAAGCCAAAGUGUGUCCUUCUACACCUUGCCUCCACCCCAACACAGAACCUGGGGAGUGCUGCGCCUCUUGUUAUCACUGUUACUACCACCAGCGCAUUUAUGAAAAUGGUCAAUCAUUCUCUGACCCAGAUGAUACCUGUCGGCGGUGCACCUGUCAGGAUGGCUCGGUACAGUGUGCUGUAGCUCAGUGUCCAUCAGUCUCCUGCUCCAACCCUCACACCCCACCUGGACAAUGCUGUCCCCAGUGUCCAGACUGUGAUUUUGAGAACCGUGUGUACGUUAAUGGAGAGACGUUUCCUAGCCCAGAGAAUCCGUGUGAAAACUGUGUGUGUACGGGGGGGCAUGUGGACUGCCAUCAGCAGUGUCCCAGACCGAGCUGCAAUUAUCCUGUCUCAGGAACGUGCUGCCAGAACAACUGCAAUGGUUGUAGUUAUGCAGGUAAGGAAUAUGCAAAUGGUAUGAACUUUCCUCACCCAACAGACAAGUGCAGGGAAUGCAGCUGCACUAACGGUAAUGUGCAGUGUUUGAAGAAGAGAUGUGCUCCUCUACAGUGCGGUGAUCCCAUUUUGAUACAAGGACAGUGCUGUCCUCAGUGUCCAGCGCCCCCUGCUGAUUGUACUUAUGAGGGACCUACUUACAGACACAUGCAGCACUUCCUCCAUCCCACUGACAGCUGUCGGUCAUGCUCCUGCAUGGAUGGGACAGUGAGUUGUCACCGCAAGCCCUGCCCCCUCGCCGUCUGUUCCCACCCCAUCUUUGAGGAGUGCUGUCGCACGUGUGAUGGCUGUAUGUAUAAUGGUGUGGAGCAUAGUAAUGGCGCAGUGUUUGCGGAUGUAUCGGAACCAUGUGGAAGUUGUGUGUGUCGUGAGGGCUCCGUGACAUGCGAGAGGAGACGAUGUCCAGCCAUCAACUGUCCAUUUCCUGUGCAGGGACAGUGCUGUCAGAGCUGUGACGGUUGUAGGUACGCUGGUGUGGAAUAUUUAAAUGGUCAGGAGUUUCCCAACCCUGCAGACCACUGUAAUCACUGUGUGUGCACAAGUGGUCAUGUGACCUGCAGUAAAAAGCCCUGCUAUAACCCCGGCUGCACUCACCCAGCGACUCUAUCUGACCACUGCUGCCCUGUGUGUGAUGGUUGUUUCUAUAAUGGCGUGAUGCUGCUUAAUGGACAGACAAUACCAGACCGCAAUGAGCACUGCUCAGAGUGCACUUGCAGGGCAGGCUCAGUUCAUUGUGUAAGAAGAGUGUGUGCUGCUCCUGAAUGUCCCCAUCCUGUCAGCGGACCAUGCGGUUGCCCUGUCUGUAAAGAUUGUCUUUUCCAGGGUGAGGGUUAUGCUGAUGGAGAGAUUUUUCAAUCACCUAACACAGACUGUGAGGAGUGCAGAUGUACUAAAGGUGAAGUGAGAUGUUCACGCAGGCCCUGCCCACAAGUGACAUGUCCCAACCCUGCAGAGGACCAGUGUGGAUGUGGAGCAUGUAAUGACUGCAGGUUCCACGGGCGAAGGUGUGACAAUGGAGAACGGUUUCCUGAUCCGCAAGACCACUGCCAGCGCUGCUCCUGCCAGAAUGGUGGUGUGUCCUGUGCACCAGUGUCUUGUCCUGUGGUGUCCUGCAAUAGGCCGGUGAGGCCUGCAGGGGAGUGCUGUCCAGCGUGUAGAGAUGUGUGUGAGUAUCUCGGACAGGAAUAUGAGAGCGGCUCCACUUUCACCCCACCCACUGACCGCUGCUUAUCCUGCACAUGCCUGAAUGGAAAGGUCUCGUGUCAGAGGAAGCACUGUGCUCAGCAGUGUUCCCACCCAGCACGUACUACAGACUGUUGUCCAGUGUGUGAUGCGUGCUUGUAUGAAGGAGUUGAGAACACACACAGGCAGACUUUCAACUCACGGUCUGAUCCAUGUCAGCGCUGUGUGUGUGUGAGUGGUACUGUGACAUGCACUCCGGUCGCUUGCCCUGUGACCUCCUGCCAUAAUCCAGUUACCCUACCAGGACAAUGCUGCCCCCAGUGCAGAUCAUGUGUGCAGAAUGGCAUAGAGUACAAAGAGGGGCAGAGGUGGAAUUCCCCCAGUGACCCCUGCACUCAGUGUACAUGCAUGGCUGCUCAGGUGAGCUGUGCUGGUCUUAGCUGUGCACCUCUGAGCUGCAUGCACCAGGUCACUGACUCAAACUCCUGUUGCCCACGGUGUCGAGGCUGCAUGUAUGAUGGUGUAGAGCGUGCUGAGGGCAGUACAUGGUUUGCCUCAGAUGAACCCUGUAUGUCCUGCAUGUGUGUGGACGGAGUGACCACCUGCUCAGAGAUCCAGUGUCUCUCCCCCUGCCAAAACCAGAUCAGUGUACCAGGAGAGUGCUGUCCACUCUGUGCAGACUGCAUCUAUGAAGGCCGUGUCUAUGGACCAGGAGAAAACUUUCAUCCAUCUAAUGACCCAUGUCAGAUCUGCACCUGUGAGGUGAUGCCUGAUGGACAGCAGCACUUGCGCUGCUACCGAAAGCAGUGCCCCAGCCUGGUGGACUGCCCCAAACACAACAUCCUGUUCAGAGGGCCGGACUCCUGCUGCCCAGUUUGUGCUCAGCCUCUCAGUAAUUGCACAGAGACACUGAUUGGAAAUGAAGUCUUGGCCACAGAUGACCCCUGCUUCACCUGCCAGUGCAAGGAUCUAACAUGGACGUGUAUUCAUCAAGCCUGCCACCAUCUCAGCUGCCCCCCAGAUAAACAGUAUACACCCCCUGACUCCUGCUGCCCCAUCUGCGAUGUGUGUGUGCUGCAGGGGGAGAGGGGACAAGUGUCCAAUGGUGAGAGCUGGACAGACAGUGAAGACGAUUGUAUCACCUGCUCCUGCAAUCUGGGUCACAUAGAGUGUAAUAUAGAGGAGUGUGCUUCAGUCGUUUGCCAGGAUGGACUGGUUAAAGUGAAAGAAAAAGGAAAGUGCUGUGAUGAGUGCCAAGACUCAAAUGUGCAGUGCGUGUAUGAAGGUCAGACGUAUGACUCUAAUGAGCACUGGGUGGUGGAUGAGUGCACGUCCUGCAUGUGUGUGUCUGGAGACGUGCACUGUCAGACUAAGAGAUGUCCUGCAGUGUCCUGCGCCUCUGAUGAAACUCCUUCCCUGAUUCCAGGCAUGUGCUGUCCUCACUGUAUCCCCCGUCCUGCUACCUGUAUUGUGUUUGGAGACCCUCACUACCGCACAUUUGAUGGAAAGAUGGUGAACUUCCAGGGGGCGUGUACUUACGUCCUGGCUCAGGACUGUGAGAGCGGAGACUUCAGCAUUCAUGUGACUAAUGAUGACCGCGGGCGUAAGGGUGUGUCCUGGACUAAAGAGGUCACUGUGUUUAUUGGUGAUGUUGUGGUGCAGCUGCUGCAGGACUGGGUUGUGAAGGUUGAUUAUCAGACCGUCUCUCUGCCGUUUCUGAAAGAACCGUAUGUGUACUUAGAGCGGAAAACCAACACCAUUCUCCUGAACACUAACAUUGGCAUGAAGGUGUUGUGGAACGGACGCUCUCAUCUAGAAGUGAGUGUUCCAGGAACCUACAAGAAAAACAUGUGUGGCCUGUGUGGCAACUUUGACAACUACCCUCAGGAUGACAUGAGGCUACGCAAUGGACAAAUCAGCUCCUCGGAGGCAGACUUUGGAAACAGCUGGAAGGUGGGCAGUGGAAACCACUCCAGCGGUCAGUGUUCUGACGGGCGGAACAUUGACCCAUGUAAGGAGGCUGGCUAUUCUGCCCGUAAGUCAGCUAAUAGUCGUUGUGCGGUGCUGAAGUCUGCAGCCUUCCAGCGCUGCCAUAAGGUGGUGCCACCUGAGAUGUUCUUUGCCUCGUGUGUGUAUGACCUGUGUGCCUGCGGCUCCAACACAGACGAGUGUCUUUGUGACGCUCUGGAGGCAUACGCUUCUGAGUGCCGCGAGGCUGGAGUCGUCCUGCACUGGAGAUCACCUUCACUCUGUGCGGUGGGCUGUCCUCUGGACCGUGGGUUUGUGUUUGAUGAAUGUGGACCACCAUGUCCUAAAACCUGCUUCAAUAAAGAUGUGCCACUGGGUGUGAUUGAAGCUCACUGCUUUAAGCCGUGCGUGCCAGGCUGCCAGUGCCCAGCUGGACUGGUGGAGCACGAUGCUCACUGCAUCGCCCCAGAGAAAUGCCCCAAAAUCAUCUAUAGCAAUCCAUGAGCACCUCAAAUCCAUACAAGCUGCAUUACAAGCUUACCUGAAACACACUGCAUUUAGGACUGCACAAGGACAACACACAAGACUGGUCCAGGACAUUGGACUGGUCCCACUUUUCUGUAUUUAACAUUAUAAAACAGGAGCCUCUUUCUUUGUCUUCCACAUGCACUGCAUUGAGUCUGAUCAUGGUGCUAUUAAAGAUUACAGUAUAAAUCACAUGACUGAUCACUGUGGUAAACUGUAUUUAAUUGUGCAAAAAAAAUAAUAGAAAUUAGCUUUUUUAUAUUUAUCAAAGAACAGAAACAACCAAUGCUUUUUCAUUUCCAUAAGUUUUAUAAGGGACACUGUUAUUGAAUGGGCAUUUUUUACUAAUGCACUGGUAAUUUUUUUAAACAGCCACUGUAUUUAUAUCACUGUCCUCUGUUCUGGUUUCACUGUGCAUAACAUUUAUAUUAAAUCUUCUUAUAUCUCAUCUUUGAGUCACUGUUUUCUUUAUUUUUAAGCAUAUUGUUUUUAUUAUUCCUAAAAUUGUGCUUUAUAAAAAAUAAACGUGAAUGUCUUCAACUAUGAUUGGUGAGUUAACAGUGGCUCACAUUUGCUGUUGAUAAUAUUAAUAAUAUUUGACUUUAUCUUGAUGUUCAUCUGUCCUUGUUAUCAAUAUUGAUGGGAUACUGGUAACACCUUCUCCCCACAUCUGCAAUCUUGGAGUUCUCUUUGAAACCACACUCUCUGUUAAAACAGCAUUUUUCCCUCUUCUGAAUAUUGCUUGUCUCUGACCAUUCCUCAGCCAAGCCACUGUAGAAACACUUGUGCAUGCACUAGUGUCAUCACAGUCAGACUACUGCAAUGCUCUUCUAUCUGGCCUCCCUGUCAAAGGCUUCACUAGGUUACAAUGUGUUCAAAAUGCAGCUGCUAGGAUCGUCACCUU